AGAAGGAGGCAGCGUUGAAUCUUUGCUAAAUACCUGUGUGUCAAAGUUCAAAUUAUUGCGAGUUUUGGAUUUAAGGAAUUCGACAUGCAAGACUUUGCCACGUUCCAUUGGGAGACAAAGAAAUGGACCAGAUGUGUUGGUUUCUCCCAAAUCAUGAAAGUCAAUGAUGGAAAAAGACAAUUGUUGAGAAAAUAGGUGAUUCAUUGAGAUAGUUGAAGUUGUUUGCUGCAGGUUGACUCCACUACAGUCAAACCUAUAUAAACAUUUUAUACAAUCCAAAAAUGUUAAGCGGGCAAUUACUGAAGAACUGAAGCAAUCAAAGAUUUUGGCCUACGUAACAGCUCUCAAAAAGUUGUGCAAUCAUCCAAAGGUUCCUAUAAAUGCUGCUGGUUUGAUCAGAUAUAACUGGUGCCACCCCUUUUUUGGUAAAAUUAUCAUCCAUCUCAUGAAUAUGAUAAUAUAUAGCUCACUGCUGCAGCUGUGAAAGAUUGGAGAUACUGGAAGGACUUCUUGAACUACUACAGAAUAAAGAAUGUGCUCACUGGAAAGCUAAGUAGUUGCUUCUGAAAAAUAACCUAGAACCAAUGAAUUUUCCCACGUAUUGAGGAGUUGCAUCUACACUGCUGUCUUUGCCUUGCCAUUAUUGUCGUCACAGUCGUAGCUGUUAUUUACCAUAUUUUUUAGGUUCAUGGCAACCCCACCAGCGUCCCCUCUGCAGUCAAAUAUUCAGUCACCAACGAAGUGUAGGAAUACUAGAAAAUCAACACGGCUACGGAGGUUGACUGUACGAGCAUUGGAUCAGCCAAAACCAACUGUUUACGUGGAUGCCGCAACUGGCCGAGGAUCGGGUCCAUUCAAAGAGAAAUUCCACAGUUAUCUUGGGGUCGUGGCCAGAGAGAAAAUUCCCAUUGUACAUAAUAGCUGGAAAGAUGUUCCAGACACGCUAAAGGACCUAGUAUGGAAUGACAUUUUGGCAAAAUUUGAUAUCCCAGAAGCAUUAAAUGCAAAGAAAAAGGUCAUGUCCACCGUGGCCAGUAGAUGGAGGCAAUUUAAAUGUAACCUGACGACUAGAUUUGUGUAUGGUAACUCCGAAGGUCAACAUGAACAUAAUCCUCCGGUCAAAUAUGACGUAGAUAAAGAAACUUGGGAGCAAUUUGCUGCAAGCCGCAAAACUCCUAACUGGCAGGGAAUCAGGAAGAAGAUGCAAGAGAUCCAAAAAUACAAUGACUGCCCCCAUGUACUUUCUCGUGGGGGGUAUGAUUUGCUUGAAAAGAAGAUGAUGGAGGAGAAGAUGAACAAAAGACAACAUGACGCAAUGACAACUGAGAAUACACCAAACUCUGCGGAUCCCCCAUCUCCCAUUCAAAGACAUGUCAAGUGGGUGUUGGCACGCACUAAGCAAUAUGGACAAAUGACAUCAAAGUCGGCACAAGAAAUAUCUGAUAAAAUUGCCUCAUUGGAAGAACAAACGAGACAGGGUACCUUUGUCCCCCAUGGUCGUGAAGACAUACUAAACACUGCCAUCGGGCGACCGGAUCAUGGAGGCCGUGUUCGGGCAGCGGGGUUUGGGGUCACAAUAAGUCAAUACUUUGGAAGGGCAGCACGUGGCUCUAGUUGUUCAUCAGGGUCGAUCAGCCAAGUACAAAUGGCUGAAAUAAUUGGAGGCCUACAGGAACAGUGGAAAAAUGAAAUACAGGUAUUGAAAGAUGAGUUGAAGGAACAAAUCAUACUUGAGAUGUCGCAGAGGGGAUCGUUGAUCCCAACACAUAUUCAGCCAGAUAUACAUGGGUUAGGAGCACGAGUGAGCACAAAAGGGAGCAAUGCGGAGAGUGUUCUCAACCCAUGUCUGCCUAAUGAUGUUGCUCCUGUCGAACCCCUUAUGGGGUUGUAUGUGCAACACCAAGAUUCAAUUGAGUUGGUGGCCUUGGGAAAAACAUAUGAUGGAGGCUCGACCAUACACAAUGUGGCUUAUGCAGACGAUGUCGUAAGGGUUAGUGUUGAGCAAGUUAUUGACGGUGACGCUGAGGUCCCAUUCCCAGCAUCAGAGAUUAAGUGUGUCAGGCAGGCCCUUCACACAUUCAUUGCAUGGCCAACACCACUUGUUAAAAAAAUCUUUAUUGAGCAUGAGGGCAGUAGUCCAACUAAAGACACUGAAGCUGUUGAAGCGGUCAACGAUGUUGUUGUAGAUGACCCCUUGCGCGAGUUGAUUAAGAGCCUAGUUGACAUUUAUGAGAAGCCUGUAGAGUUAGUGUGGGAUGUUACUAAAUUUGGAAUUCCAAAUGCAACUGCAUCAUUGUUCAUAACGUGUGCUGAUGUGAAUGAAAUAAUAUCAGGCGUACAGUGUUUGAACAUAGCUAUACUACAAUUGUGGACCAUGUAUAUGGACCAAUUGAGUCAAAGCUAUGGUCUAGGAUCGGUGUAUGGAUUCCUUGAGCCGCAGGCUAUACUGAAUGCAAACGAUAAAUGUGGACAAUGUCAAGAAUACAUUGAAAAAUGGCUUAAGGAAUCGAACCGAGAUGUCUAUCUAGGCGCUUAUUUGAAUCAGGGACAUUGGCAGCUCAUUGUUUUGUGUCCUAAAAAAAAUACUGUCGUCUGGUUUUGUUCUUUGCGUAGAAGGGUAGAUGUUCAUAUAAAAGCUGCAAUUAACAAUGCAUUUAACACUUUGGAAACCAAGAGUGAGGGGAAAUUUGGUCACAGUACACCGCGGUGGAUUGAAGUGAAGAGUCACGUUCAAAGCGGAACCUAUGAGUGUGGCUAUUAUGUCAUGCAUUGGAUGUGGAACAUAAUCGUCGGGCAGUUGAAGACUAAUUGGACGCUGUGGUUCAAUGAUGGCACGCCGCUAGACAUCAACAUGAUGACAACAUUACGAAAAAAAUGGGCAGAAUAUUUUGUAAAACUUAGAAGCAUCCAAUGUACAAAGCUGUAGUUAACAUGCAAACAACCGCUUUCGUGUUUGUGAUGUAUUUGAUUAAGUGUUAGAAACAAUUUACCUGCUGUAAUGACUUUUAUGUGUCAAUAACAAUAGAUAUUUGUUUAAAACA